GUUGGCUGGGGGUUACAGUUCAAUGCGAACAAGGGAGAAGUGAAUCAAUAGAUGCCUCAGGCCUAUCUUUCUCUCUUGACACUUCUAAAUAUUGCUGGCCAUGGGUCAAAGCCCAAGCUCCGGGAGCAUCGAAACAUCUGCAAGCUGCAAGCCUCACGAAAAGAUUGAUGAUUACUUUCUUCAGCGUGUCACUUCUCGCGUUCUGCAACGGGUGCCCCCAGUGCAGUCUCCGUUUAGCUUGAGUCCAUCGUGUCCUUCACCUGGCGAUCAGACGCAAGAAAUACAGUCACACAUGGUGGAGCGAGUCAAGGGCGUGACGAAAGUCUACUGGUGCUCACAGCCAUUGAAUGAACUCGGUGCAUUCAAAGUGCUGAGCCCUCGGUGGCUUCCCAGGCGAUUGGCUUGGAGACAGAGCCGUGAGUUGGAAGGACCAGCUACCUGGGAACUUGGACACUCCUAUGCCAUCGUGGAUGUGGAGCUGCUUCCAGAAGCUGCGAAGCUCUCGGGUCAGUCAAGCGAGAGAUAUCGUUUGAAUUGGGGCGCAGGAAGGCGGGUGGGAACAAACUUGGCCAUUGAGCGACAAGAUCACGUCCCAGAGAGCAAAAUCAUGGGCGACCGACUGGAGAAAGUGUAUCCUGGCACGUGUACUGGAAAGGAGCUGCAUAAUUUUUUGAAAAAGUGGGAUGGCAGCACUUAUGAUGCAAACGCAGCUAAUAAUCGAAACUGUCACCACUUUAUGCAAGAGCUUAUCCAUGCUUGUACUAGACAUGCUGGACAUGAGGAUGCUGAUCGCCCAGAAGAGAAGGAUUUCCUACCUACCUAACUUUGCCGUUAGCGAGACGAAGCAACUCAGCCAAUUGCCUGCAUGACAUCUGCCUGCGCACACUUUCCACUUUCAGUUCCUCUUGUUGAAGCAGCCUACGACAGGGCCACGCAGCCGCCUGCAUUCUUGGAAGGUGAAUGCGCCCAACGACGCUUGCAAGGCUGACCCAUGCCAUGGCGUGCCGCGGCAAAGAUCCAAGCCACUGUCACAGCCAACUAUCACAGCCAAAAUGGCCUUGAAGAGGAAGACAAGGAAGAAAGUGAAAUGGUGGACUGUGGACUGGCUUCGUGCAUAUAUACAGAUGUGUAUAUAGUAUACAU